AUGACGAUGCGACUCAGGGAUCUGAUCAAGCACGUCAGGGCAGCGAAGACAGCUGCGGAGGAAAGGAAUGUGAUCGCCAAGGAGAGCGCUGCUCUGCGCAAGGCCUUCAAGGAGCAGGACAGCACGUAUCGCCACAGGAAUGUGGCAAAACUCAUGUACAUACACAUGCUGGGCUACCCCACCCACUUUGGACAGAUGGAGACACUGAAGCUGAUCGCCUCCCUCGGCUUCCCCGAGAAGGCAAGCUGUAGCCUGCUUUGUUGCUUGGCACAUCGACUGGGCUACCUGGGCUUGAUGCUGCUGCUGGACGAGCGCCAGGAGGUGCUGAUGCUGGUGACCAAUAGUCUGAAGAACGACCUGCACAACAGGAACAUGCUGAUCCAGGGGCUAGCGCUGUGCGCUCUGGGCAACAUCUGCUCGGCGGAGAUGGCGAGGGAUCUGGCGCCUGAGGUUGAGAAGCUGAUGGGGUCCAUCAACCCAUACCUGAGGAAGAAGGCCGCCCUGUGCGCCAGUCGGGUGCUGCGAAAGGUGCCGGAGAUGCUGGAACCCUUUGCGGAGCAGGCGGUCGCCCUGCUCUCUGAUCGGAACCAUGGCGUCAUGCUUGCGGGUGUCACCCUGAUGCUGGAGAUGUGCCAUGCCGACCCAGCUGUGGUCACCCUGUUCCGGCCCCAGGUGCCGCGCCUGGCCUCCCUGCUGCGCUCGCUGCUGGGGUCCCAGAGCUACGCCACGGACACUGACGUCAGCGGCCUCACCGACCCCUUCCUCCAAGUCAAGCUGCUGCGCCUGCUGCGGGAGCUGGGGCGCGGCGACGCCGAGAGCAGCGACGCCAUGGGCGACGUGCUGGCUGCCGUGGCAUCGAACACCGAGUCGACGCGGAAUGCGGGGAACGCCAUCCUGUAUGAGUGCGUGCAGACCAUCAUGGCGGUGGAGUCCAUCGGCGGCCUGCGGGUGCUGGCGGUGAACACGCUGGGCCGCUUCCUGGCCCACCGCGACAACAAUAUCCGGUACGUGGCGCUGCACACGCUGGCGCGCGUCGCGGCGCGAGACCCCGGCGCCGUCCAGCGCCACCGCGCCACGGUGGUGGACUGCGUGCGCGACGCUGAUGCGUCCAUCCGCCGUGCCGCGCUGGAGCUGGUCUACUCGCUGGUGAACGAAGGCAACAUCCGGGAGCUGGCCGCCGAGCUGCUGGACUACCUGGCGGUCUGCGACCCGGGGUUCAAGCCCGACCUGGCCGCCAAAAUCUGCGUGCUGGUGGGACGCCACGCCCCCGACAAGCGCUGGUACCUCGACUCCAUGGCCAAGGUCUUGCGCCAGGCUGGCGCGUUCGUCACCGAGGAGGCGGUGGCCGGGCUGGCGGGGGACCGCCUGGUGGAGGCAAGGGGCAGGCUGGAGGGGGAGGACGCGGCGCAGGUCUCGGCCCAGGAGGCCUUUGACGCCCUGCGCGCCAUCCUCACCCGUCACGGCUUUGGCGACUGCGUGCUGGCCCGGACCAUUGAACGCGUGAAUGGAGUGACGCUGACGGCGCUGGCCAAGCUGGGCGUGCGGCUGCCGGCCCUGGCCCCCCAGGUGGCGGAGCUGCUGGACCGCUUUUCGCGCGCGCCCGCGCCGGAGGUCCAGACCCGGGCGGUGGAGUAUGCGCGCCUGGCGGCGGCGCGCGGCGGUCUGGCCGGCGCCGUGCUGGAGCCCAUCCCGGCCGCGGAGGGCGGUGCGGGGGCCGAGGACCUCGCCCUCGUCCCGGCCGAGGGCGAGGAGGCCGCGGGGAACGGAGGUGGGACGGGUGGGGCGGGGCUCCUGGGCGCCGACCCGGCGGCUGACCUGGCCGCGUUGCUAGGCCUGGACGCCGGGGCUCCUGCUGCCACCAACCUGCCGGCGCCCGGCGCUGCGCCGGCGCUGGCCGGCUGGUCGCUGCAGGCCGCCGUGCCGCGCUUCGCCACGCUGCGCCUGUCCCCGCCCAGCGGCACGAGCCUGGCCGGCCCGGGGCAGGAGCUGACGCAGCGCCUGCACGUGGUCAACUCCGCGCCGGGCACCAAGCCCCUGGUCCUGCGACUGCGCCUCGCCUUCCAGCGCGACGGCGCCGGCGUGACCGACCAGGUGGAGGUGGGCGGGUUUCCACCCGGGUUCUAG